GGUAAUCUUAUGCUCCUUGUGAAUUCAUCUCUCUCUCUCUCUCUCUCUCUCUCUCUCUCUCUCUCUCUCAUACACGCACGUAAACACAUAGGAACACAUGUCCGUAUCGUUGGAUCAUUUAGCUGUUGGCGAAUCACAGAUUUAAUGCGAUUUGGUUAGCACAGAUGCAGAACUAGGGUUUUUAGAUUCCAAUAGUAUUCGUGGUGUUUAAAAAAAAAUAUCUUGAUUUCGGCCGAUUUUUGGUGGAUCUUAGAAGGGGUCUGGACCACAACCCCAUUCACCAACAUGUCGCACAGCAUGCCCAGGUGCGAGUGUCCCAUCAUCGGUAGUUGAAAACUAGCGAUCCAUCCGGUUGCCGAUGAAACACUGCCGCAUAGGUGGAUCUCAGAUUGAAUGAGUUUUGGUUAGCACAGAUGCAGAACUAGGGUUUUUACUUUUUAGAUUCCAAUUAGUACUCACAACAUGCCUAUGUGUGAGUGUCUCGUUGGUAGUUGAAAACUAGCAAUCUAUCUAAUCCCGUUGCCAGUUGCCAAUGAAACACGGCCACAUAGGUUGUUGGGAGAUUUGAAGGAGAGAUGAGUGAGGUUUUUGAAGGAUACGAGCGUCAGUACUGCGAGCUCUCUGCGAAUUUAUCCAGAAAAUGUAGUUCAUCUGGUCUUCUUCUUGAUGGAGAGGAGAAGAUGCAAAAGAUUUCAGAAGUGAAGGCUGGACUGGAUGAUGCUGAUGUUUUGAUACGUAAAAUGGAUCUCGAGGCAAGAAGUUUGCAGCCAAGUGUGAAAGCUGUCCUGCUUGCUAAGCUAAGGGAAUACAAGGCUGAUUUGAACAAGUUAAAAAGAGAAGUUAAGAAACUCUCAUCGGGUAAUCAGGUUUCCCGUGAAGAGUUGUUGGAGUCUGGAAUGGCAGAUGGACAAGCGGUUUCUGUGGAUCAGCGACAAAGACUGGCAAUGUCAACCGAGAGACUAAAUCAAUCGAGCGAUAGGAUCAUGGAGAGUAGAAGAACUAUGCUGGAGACAGAAGAGCUUGGUGUCUCGAUCCUUCAAGAUUUGCAUCAUCAACGAGACACUCUUCUACAUUCCCAUAGGAAGCUUCAUGGGGUAGAUGAUGCCAUUGAUAAAAGUAAAAAGAUCUUAACCGCCAUGUCUAGAAGGAUGAGCAGGAACAAAUUGAUCGUUGGUUCCGUAAUUGCCGCUCUUGUCCUUGCCAUUAUCCUUAUCCUAUACUUCAAGCUUUCUCAUCAUUAAGUGUUAUAGAAUGAAUUGGGAUUGCCCCCAUUGUUUUCUUUGUUCUUGCAAUGUAAAAUAUUGUUCUCGAGUCUCGACUAACUACGUAAAGUAUGAUACCUGUGUUUUCACUCUGGAUCUGGUGUAUUUUGUUCCACCAUUACUGUAAUAUCAAUUGUAUUGUUCGACUUUGUGAUAA